GGAAAGAAGGAAGGAAAGAAGGAAAGAGGAAGGAAGGAAAGAGGAAGGAAGGGAAGAAGGAAGGGAAGAAGGAAGGAAAGAGGAAGGAAAGAAGGAAGGUGCCCGUCCUGGACACGCCAUGGCCGCCCGCACCGUGCCCCAUGCCUACCCCAUGAGCUCUGAGUACGAGUUUGCCAACCCCAGCAAGAUCUACGACCAGAACUUUGGAGAAGGUGUGUCCCCAUCGGAGAUUUUAGCCCCUGCCCUGUACCACGGCUACUACAUCCGGCCCCGGAUCAACAAGCAGCUGGAGAGGGGCACCUCGGAGAUCUGCCUGAACGAGCACAAGUUCCAGGUGUUCCUGGACGUCUGCCAGUUCCUGCCCGACGAGCUCAGCGUGCGCACCGUGGACAACCUGCUGGAGGUGGUGGGGCAGCACCCGCAGAAGGCUGAUCGUCACGGCUUCGUCUCCAGGGAGUUCACCAGGACCUACAUCCUGCCCCUGGACGUGGAUCCCCUGCUGGUCAGGGCCACCCUGACCCACGAUGGCAUCCUGAGCAUCGUGGCACCGCGGACGGGCAAGGAGGUGAAGGCGAGAAUCAACGAGGUGAAGAUAACCCAGCAGGAGCAGCCGGCGGGGGAAGAAGAACAGGCUGAGGAAGGAAAAGAGAAGGAAACAUCCUAAAGGCCGCAGAUCUGGGAAGGUGGGGGGGACAGGGAUGGGGAAUCCACAGUGCCAGACCCCUGGGCCCUGAGGCAGCCACGCUCCUGCUGCUCGAGGCCGAUGGCUGGGAGCAAAAGGGACUUGGAACUGGAAAAAAGAGUGGGGCUGGAGUGUGAGUGUGAGUGACUGUAAUGCAAGUUUUCUCCUAGGCCAGGUGACCCUGAAGGGAGCUCUGCUCUCACCCCAGGGUCACUCCUACCCUGAACUGUGAGGCUGUGUCUCAGUGGACUGUGCUCUAGCCCAGAAGGGCACUGGGAAGAGAGAAAAGGGGAUCCCAGUGCCUGGUUUCUGAGCUGGAGGCUGAGAUUCGUGGCUGUGCGAGGUGGGUGUUGGUCUGUAAAAGUGCCUGCAGCAAUCAGGAGGAGAGAGGAAUAAACCUGCCUCUGCUCUU